ACUGUCUUGUUGCUCACGUGAAGAUGAGACUUUACCUCGUUCUUUUCUCCGUUACCCUGUGGAUGACCUCGGUCGUCACAACACACGGGCCUGCUGCACACUGCUGUGCUGGCUUGUCAACAACCAAGGUGCCGCCUAAAAGAAUUAAGAGUUACGCUAUCCAGUCUGUGGCCGCCUGCUCCUUCAAAGCUGUCGUGUUUACCACUCAAGCCCACAAAAGGAUUUGCGCCGACCCCGACAGUUGUUGGACACGUCAAGCCAUGAUAAAACUGGAUAGACAGAGUGGCAGAUCAGCAAGUGGCAGUGCAAGUUUGGCAGGAUGCACCAGGACGGGAAAGACGCGUUGGCGAAUGAGAAAAGACGAGUAAC